AUGGUCGUGUCCUCGGGCUUUGCGCUACCAGUCGUCGAGUUUGGUGAGAUUGAGAGGUUGGGUAUGUGGUGGAUGAUGAGGGCGAAGAUGAAAGUGAAGGUGGAGGUGGUCUCGGGUUCGGAUCUGGUAUUAGCUGAUUCGUGGUGGAGGUGGAGUAUCAAAUUUUGCACCGCCAUAGACACAAUUACAUCAACUCAACCCAUCCAUGACUCUCAAACUAUAGUCUCCAGUGGUGCCACCUUCAAACUGGGAUUUUUUAGCCCUAGUGUUAAUUCUUCUAACCGGUAUGUUGGUAUCUGGUACAACGACAUCUCUGCCAAGGAAGUGGUUUGGGUUGCGAAUAGAGAUACACCUCUGUUUGACUCCUCUGGGAUUGUGACAAUAUCCGAGGAUGGCAAUCUUGUGGUCCUGAAUGAACAGAAACAGAUUGUUUGGUCAUCAGAUGUUCCAAAUGCUUCGGUGAAUUCAAGUGCUCAGCUUUCAGAUUCUGGGAACCUUAUGUUGCGAGAUGACUCCAAUGGAAACAUAAUAUGGGAGAGUUUUGAACACCCUUUUGAUUCUUUGUUGCAGGGGAUGAAAAUUAGUACUAACAAGUUUACAGGUAAGAAGACUCAGUUGACCUCAUGGAAAAGCCCUUCAGUUCCAUCCAGUGGAAGGUACACUUUUGGCGUAGGAUAUUCUACGAAUAUUCCAGAGUUAUAUGCUUGGAAUGGUAGUCUUCCAUAUUGGCGGAGUGGUCCAUGGAAUGGGCAGAUUUUUAUUGGCAUGACUUACACGUCGUCUGCAUACUAUAGAAGAUGUGAAGUUGCAGAGGAUAAAAGGGGAAAUGUAUAUAUGGGUUACACUUAUGCAAAUAAGUCCUCUCAGUUAUACUAUACCACAAGUUGUAAUGGAACUCUAUUGGCGAGGUACCGGGAAAAAGGAAAGGAGACUCGGGAAACUACGUGGGUGGUUCAAAAUACUGAAUGUGAAGCAUAUGGCAAGUGUGGUCCAUUUGGAAGCUGCAAUGCGAAGGGUUUUCCAAUUUGCACAUGUUUACAAGGGUUUGAUCCGAAGGAUAUGGAGGAAUGGAGUAGAGGGAAUUGGGCUAGUGGAUGUACAAGGAGCCGGCAAUUGCAGUGUGAGAGAAACAAUAGUGGUGGUGAAAAAGGCAAACAAGAUGGGUUUUUAAAGCUCAAGACAGUGAAAGUGCCAGCCUUUGCUGCGUUGGUAUUUGCUUCAGAAGACAACUGCAAAAGCCUGUGCUUCAAUAAUUGUUCUUGUAUAGCUUAUGGAUAUUAUAGUGGCAUUGGUUGUUUGCAGUGGAGUGGACAAUUAAUUGACAUACAGGAAUUCUCCUAUGGUGGGGCAGAUCUUUACAUACGUGUGGCAUAUUCAGAACUAGGUAUUGUUUUUUCCACAAAACUAGUUAUCGCAAUUGCAGUUCUCAUAGGAUCAGUAACCAUUGCAAUCUGUAUCUAUCUUUUCUUAAGGUGGAUGGCUAGACCACGAGGAAGGAAAAAAAAAAGUGGGAAGUUAUUUAAAAGAGGGGAAGUUGAUGCAGAUUGUUCAAAUGAAAGCAUGCUUGGAAAUUAUCAUAACCAAAUUAAACUUGAAGAGCUACCUCUAUUCAGUUUCAAGACGCUGGCAAUAGCAACAGAUGAUUUUGAUGGGGCCAAUAAGCUCGGGCAGGGUGGUUUUGGUCCAGUGUACAAGGGAAAAUUGCCAAGUGGACAAGAUAUAGCUUUCAAACGGCUUUCGAGAUCCUUUGGACAAGGGCAGGAGGAGUUUAUGAAUGAGGUUGUAGUAAUUUCCCAACUCCAGCAUCGUAAUCUUGUUAGGCUUCUUGGCUGUUGUGUCGAAGAAGCAGAAAAGAUGUUGAUCUAUGAAUACAUGCUAAAUAAAAGUUUGGAUGCAUUUCUCUUUGAUCCAAUCAAGCAAAAACUCCUAGAUUGGAGAACACGUGCCAACAUUAUUGAAGGGAUUGGUCGAGGACUACUUUACCUUCACAGGGAUUCCAGAUUAAGGAUUAUUCAUAGAGAUUUGAAGGCUAGUAAUAUUCUAUUGGAUGGAGAUCUAAAUCCAAAAAUUUCAGAUUUCGGCAUAGCAAAGAUUUUUGGAGGGAACCAGGACCAAGCAAAUACUAAAAGGGUUGUUGGAACUUACUGCUAUAUGGCCCCUGAAUAUGCAAUGAAAGGGAGGUUCUCGGAAAAAUCUGAUGUGUUUAGCUUCGGAGUAUUGUUGUUAGAGAUUUUAAGUGGGCGAAAGAACACUAGCUUUUAUAAUGAUGAGCACUCUUUAAGCCUUUUGGGAUUUGCAUGGAAGUUGUGGAAUGAAGAUAGGAUUGCAAUUCUAAUAGAUCCAACUAUUUCUGAUCCAUGCUUCCAAGUGGAGAUCUUGAGAUAUAUACAUGUAGGACUUCUGUGCGUACAAGAUUUCGCCGCUGAUAGGCCUACUGUAAAUACUGCUCUUUUCAUGCUUGGUAGUGAAGUUGCAAAACUUCCAACACCAAUGCAACCUGCAUUUUCUGAAACACAAGGUCUCUCAAAUGUACGGUCAUCUCAAGAAAGCCAGAGGAAAUAUUCUGUAAACAAUGUAACUAUUACAAUCAUUGACGGUCGUUAG